AUGCCAGACCAGUUUGAUCAGGUGGUUGUGCUGAACCAGCUGCGCUACUCGGGGAUGCUGGAGACGGUGAGGAUUCGAAAAGCAGGAUAUGCAGUCCGAAGACCCUUUCAGGAUUUUUACAAAAGAUACAAAGUGCUGAUGCGGAACCUGGCUGUGCCAGAGGACAUCCGAGGGAAGUGUACUGUGCUGCUGCAGCUCUAUGAUGCCUCUAACAGCGAGUGGCAGCUGGGGAAGACCAAGGUCUUUCUUCGGGAAUCCUUGGAGCAGAAACUGGAGAAAAAGCGGGAAGAGGAGAUUAAUCAUGCAGCCAUGGUGAUCCGAGCUCACAUCUUUGGCUACCUGGCACGAAAACAGUAUAGAAAGGUUCUUUGUGGUGUGGUGAUGAUACAGAAGAAUUACAGAGCUUUCCUCAUGAGGAAGAGAUUUCUGCACCUGAAAAAGGCAGCCAUCGUGUUCCAAAAGCAGCUCAGAGGACAGCUGGCACGCAGGGUUUACAGGCAGCUGCUGGCUGAGAAACGGGAACAGGAGGAAAGGAAGAGGCAGGAGGAAGAAAAGAAAAGAGAGGAAGAAGAAAGAGAGAGAGCACAGAGAGAAGCCGACCUCCUCUGUGCCCAGCAGGAGGAAGAAGCAAGGAGGCAGCAGGAACUUGAAGCUUUGCAGAAGAGCCAGAGGGAAGCGAACCUGACCCGGGAGCUAGAGAAACAGAGGGAGAACAAACAGGUGGAGGAGAUACUCCGGCUGGAGAAGGAGAUCGAGGAUCUGCAGCGCAUGAAGGAGCGCCAGGAGCUGUCGCUGACCGAGGCCUCACUGCAGAAGCUGCAGCAGCUUCGGGAUGAGGAGCUGCGCAGGCUGGAGGACGAGGCCUGUCGCGCUGCCCAGGAGUUCCUGGAGUCCCUCAACUUCGACGAGAUCGACGAGUGCGUCCGCAACAUCGAGCGCUCCCUGUCGGUUGGGAGCGAGGUUUCCGGUGAGCUUGGUGAGCUUGCUGAGGCUGCCGGUGCGGGUGCGGAGAAGCCGAGCUUCAACUUCAGCCAGCCCUACCCCGAGGAGGAGGUGGACGAGGGCUUCGAGGCUGAUGACGAUGCCUUCAAGGACUCACCCAACCCCAGUGAGCAUGGCCACUCUGACCAGCGGACAAGCGGCAUCCGGACCAGCGAUGACUCCUCUGAGGAUGACCCUUACAUGAACUACACUGUGGUGCCCACCAGCCCCAGUGCUGACAGUACCGUGCUGCUGGCCCCAUCCGUGCAGGACUCUGCCAGCCUGCACAACUCCUCCAGCGGGGAGUCUACCUACUGCAUGCCCCAGAACAACGGAGACCUGCCCUCCCCCGAUGGCGACUAUGACUAUGACCAGGACGAUUAUGAGGAUGGUGCCAUCACCUCAGGCAGCAGCGUGACUUUCUCCAACUCCUAUGGGAGCCAGUGGUCCCCAGACUACAGGUACUCAGUGGGAACCUACAACAGUUCCGGAGCAUACCGGUUCAGCUCAGAAGGAGCGCAGUCCUCUUUUGAAGACAGCGAAGAGGACUUUGACUCGAGAUUUGAUACAGAUGAUGAGCUCUCCUACCGGCGAGACUCCGUGUAUAGCUGUGUCACACUGCCUUACUUCCACAGUUUUCUGUACAUGAAAGGUGGCCUGAUGAACUCCUGGAAGCGCCGCUGGUGCGUCCUCAAGGACGAGACCUUCCUGUGGUUUCGAUCCAAGCAGGAAGCCCUCAAGCAAGGCUGGCUGCACAAGAAAGGCGGCGGCUCCUCCACGCUGUCCAGGAGGAACUGGAAGAAGCGCUGGUUUGUCCUUCGCCAGUCCAAGCUGAUGUACUUUGAAAACGACAGCGAGGAGAAGCUCAAGGGCACCGUGGAAGUGCGGACAGCCAAGUAG